AUGCAGUUUUCCUCCCUAGACAAAGGAAACGACACGUCCCUUCAGUUCCUUAUCCGGAAAGACGGCGAGGUAUCGAGCUAUUUACAUGAUCUUCAACCUGGCAGUAUUGUGGAGAUGCGCGGGCCCCAGCUAGGACUCGAGCUGACUCCGGACGUCCAAGAGAUCCUUUUCAUCGUGGGAGGGACUGGCAUAGCCCCAGCUCUACAAGCUGCUCACACGAUCCUCAAAUGCAUGCGGCCAAGGGAUGAAACAAGAAUACAUAUCUUAUGGGCAAACCGACGGAGAGAGGAUUGUCUCGGGGGUUGCAGUGAUACUGUCGGUUCUCAGUGGAGUUGGUGGUCAAAACUGUACCCUACGACCAAGGCAGUAGGCACCCCGGGAGAAAAUAUAGAAGAACUGAGGAAUUACGUUGUCGAGCAGCUGGACGAGCUCAAACGCCUCUACCCCAAGAAAGUCACUGUUGACUACUUUGUCGAUGAAGAGAAAUCACUUAUUGGGAAAGAUUCUAUCAUGAAAUAUAUAAACUCAAGGGCGCAGCAUCCACUUGUGGGCCCAAGGAAGAAGAAACUGAUCAUUAUAUCAGGACCUGAUGGGUUUGUCAGCUACCUUGCUGGCCCCAAGAUGUGGCAUAAUGGACGGGAGGUCCAAGGGCCACUGCGAGGUAUUCUGAAAGAGUUAAAUAUUUCCGGCUGGUCAGUGUGGAAGCUCUGA